CCACCUCGCCCGCCCUCGCCCAAAUGUCCGCCUCCUCAUCAACCUCGCUGCGCGAGGAGAAGCUCUCGCGCUCGACCAGCGCCGCCUCGACCGCGUUCCAGAGCAGCCGAGCCGACGGCAAGGACAGCGUGUCGCGCUCGACGAGCCUCCUCGGCGGCGUUGGCAAGAACAAGAAGGACGGCAAGCCCGAUGUCACGCAGGGCGAGUUGGGCGCGAUCGAGGAGGAGGUCGACGGCGUUUUUGGCGAGCAGGGCGGCGCCGACACGAUCGACUACCGCAGCGUCGGCUGGGUGUGGACGUCCAUCAUCCUCAUGAAGCUCCAGAUCGGCCUCGGCGUCCUCAACAUCCCCUCGUCGCUCGGCACCCUUGGCCUCGUGCCGGGCCUCAUCAUCCUCAUCCUGUUCGCGGGCCUGACUGGUUGGACCGACGUCGUUAUCGGCAACUUCAAGCUGAACCACCCGCAAGUUUACUCCCUCGCCGACUGUGGCAGGCUCAUGUACGGCCGCAUCGGCGGCGUCGUGUUCGGCUUCGCUACCUGGAUGUACAUGGCCAUGGUGACGGGCUCGGCGUUCAUCGGCAUCUCGACGGCCUUCAACGCCAUCACGCUGCACGCGACGUGCACCGCCGUGUGGGUCAUGGUCGCCGCCGUGGUCACGUACCCGCUCGCGUCCCUCCCCAAGAUCGAGUCGCUCAAGGUCCUCGGCUGGAUCGCCCUCGUCAGCAUCGUCUCGGCCGUCAUGAUCGUCGUCAUCUCGGUCGCCGUCGGUGACCGCCCGGCGCUCGCGCCGCAGGACGGGCCUUUCACGCCCGAGAUCAAGGCUUUCGGCACCCCCACGUUCGCCCAGGCCAUGAACGCCGUCGCCAACCUGCUCCUCGCGUUCGCCGGCACGCCGGCGUACCUUCCUGUCGCGUGCGAGAUGAGGAAGCCGAGCGACUUCCGCAAGGCCGUCAUUUUCAGCCAGACCGUCAUGACGGCCUUCUACAUUGUCGUCGGCGUCGUCCUGUACACCUACGCGAACCCGUACAUCGCGUCGCCCGCGCUCGGCACGGCCGGCGUCCUCGUCAAGCGCAUCUCGUACGGCAUCGCGCUCCCGGGUCUCUUCUUCACGGCCAUCAUUUACAACCAUCUUGCGGCCAAGUUCAUCUUUGUGCGCGUCCUGCGCGGCUCGCACCACCUGAACCACCCCACGGCCAAGCACUGGGCCGUGUGGCUCUCGUGCACGGGCGCGUGCCUCCUGUUCUCGUACAUCGUCGCCGAGGCCAUCCCGGUCUUCAGCGGCCUCGUCGGCCUCGUGUCGGCCCUGUUCGGCACCAUGAUGGCGCUGCACGCCGAGGCCCUCAUGUACCUGUACGACACCUGGGCCGUCUUCAAGGUCAAGGAGCGCCGCACGCCGCUCAUGUGGUUCGGCAUCUUCUUCAACCUCGCCAUCCUCGUCAUCGCGACGGUCGUCAUGGGCGGUGGCACGUACGGCAGUGUGCUCAACAUUCGCGACGACUACUCGACGAACGGCGGCCGGCCAUGGUCGUGCGCCGACAACUCGGGCUCGUCCUGAGCGUGCCGCUCGCUGUCGAUGUUCGAGCGGCGGGAGGAGGCGAGACUGUAGAGCGGUGCGAGGUAGAUUUAGAAGAAGCUGUACAUCGUCGUAGAACUGCAUCAUGCAUCGAGCAUCAUCGCCUUUCACCUCU